AUGAGACGUUACCCUCCAAAGACUCCAACGUCUGAUAUGAAUCGUGCAACUUCACCAACUUUACUUAAUAAUUCACUUACAAAUCGUCUUAUCAACGAGACUUCCGAAAAAUCUGAAGUACCAGGCUCAAACGAUUCAGCUUUGAAUCCAUUUAAAUAUUCUAAAGAAUACAUGCUUAAACUAUAUAAGCCUGUAGGGCUACCUUUAGAGUUUGAAAGACAUGAAUAUGUUACAAGCGAGGAACCAUUACAGCCCAUGGCUACAAUAGCACUAACGGAACAAGAACAAAAGUUAUUGUCAGGUACUUCUGUUAAUAGUGAUCUUACUCGUCGUAUUAUCUCUAAUGCCACAGGUGGGACCAUCACAGGUGGUGAACGUACAGAAAGGGAAAGGCCACCUUACCCUCGUGGAGAAAAACACAUUUCCACAGCAUUGACCUCGCCAAAAAACGAUCGUUUUACUGGAAUUAUAGGGGGCGUACUUAAUAAUGAAAAAAUGACUACUACUACAACGAAUACAACAACGAAUACAGAUGAUCCGGUAUGGAAUGGCGUCACCAGGCAUACUGUUGGUACUUUUGACAGUAAUGGUGUCUUUCGAAUUCCGGGAGAACAAGAGUUUGAAAAGAAGGCCCCAAUAGAAAAUUCGACAUCUUCUAAUAAAAUUUCUCAAAAUGGUGAUGUCCUGCUACACAAAAAAGAAUGGACAGAUGUACAUGAUAAGUUUGCACAUAACUCUUCCCCAAAAGAAGACGAUGAAAAAGAAGAAAAUAGUUCGAGAACUUUUUCCACAGAGGAACUGAAACCUUCUCUGCAAGAGUUUUCAGAAGAAAAAUUUAACCACUAUCACCACUACCACCAACAUCAUCAAAAGCAGCAGCAAGAUGAAAUGGCUGAAAAUGAAUACAAUGACACUUUGCAAGUGAUCGAACAAAUUCGAAAUGAUAAUUUGGAUUCGCCUGAGCAAAAACAUUCGAAUCGAGAAGCUCUAAAUAAAACACUCGAAGAAUCAAAUGAAACCAGUGAUGACGUUGAAUCAGAAAACGGUCGCGAUAAUUUAUUGAUUGAGCAGCAGCAACAAUUUUUAAAUCAAUUAAGUAUACAAGAUGAAAAAGAAAAGGAGGAACGACAGCUCUUAAAGGAUAACGAAGAGAUAAGGAGAUUCCAUUUAAAAUUACAAUUAAAGCAGGAACAUGAACAAAAACAAAUGCAACUCCUACAACUACAACAAUAUCAACAGCAGCAACAAAAACAACAACAGCAGAUUCAACAACAGCAACAACAGCAACUUCAACAACAACAAUUUCACCAUCAUCAGCAACCAAAACAACAUGUGUUGCAGCAACAACAACUUUUUCAAGAUCGUCAAGAAGAUGAUGACGUAUUGAAAGAAGCAUUUGCUUAUCCAAGCAUAGGUGGUAAUUCUCCUCCACUAUCCCCUACUGCAAAGAAUCCUAAAUAUUCUUCUGCGAAUUCUAUCAUUAAUGCAGCUAAUGGGGUGACUAGUCUUUUUGCUAAUGCAGCAAUAAAUCCUGAGCCAAGGAAACUUCCUGUAGAACCAAAUUCUAAAUGGUUAUAUCGUCCAUUCACUAGUCAAGAGAUGAAUGAUUGGUAUAAAGGUGGUUUCUUCAGAACUAAUUUGUUGGUUAAAAGAGUUGAAGAUCAGACAUUUGAACCAUUAGGUACAUUGAUUAGAAAAACUAAUGAUGAAGAUCGACCAUUUUCCGCACCUGUAAUUGUUAAUCGGCCUAAUUUAACAAUCGCAACUGCAAAUAAUACAUCAAGAUUAGUUAAUGAUCCAUUUCAACGUAACUGGGUUGCGCCUAAUUCACCGAGUACUGCACAAUUAUUUAUGGAUCAUCAACAGAGAUUUAAUCCGUUUGGUGCAGCUACAACAGCAUCUACGACAACAACAUCUGUUCCCAAUACUCCUUUUGAACGGUAUCAAUUUGGUGGUGUUUUCGGGAGAAAUGAUAUUACAAAUGGUUGGGGUGAUUUUACAUCUACUACAAAUAAUAGUAAUGCAUGGGUAACGGCAACAGAAGGAUUCAAUUCAAAUGCAGCCAACGCUCCUACCGGAACAUUUAUUGAUGCAUUGACAAGAAAUUCCGGAUGGCAUAAUACAACGGAUCAACAACAACCGCCACCUCCAUCGCCAUGGAGUGUCAUUGCGCCUAAUGUUGGCAUUACACCUUCACGUAUUCCACCAACUGAUGUGAUUGAAUAUUUUGGUGUUAGAAAAGAACCAAAUAUUCCUUUAACACAGUUACCACACACUACUUCUCAUAUAGAACAACUACAACCUCAAGUGUUAAAGACUGAUCCUGUUCAAAAAGAAAAAUCAUAUAUUAAGCCUUCAUUCCGUGAAAUUCAAGCAGAGGAAGAACGUAAUGCUUGGUCAAACAAUAGUCCAGUGAAUGCAUCUUCACCGGCACCAUGGGCUAAAGAUGAAGAACAUUCAACAACUCACAAAGCACCAUCUUUACGAGAAAUUCAAGAAGUGGAAGCACGUAAAGCUGCAGAACGUAAAGCUAUAGCAGCGGCAGCGGCAGCAGCUACUGCUUCUACUGCUACAACAUCUACAGCAUCCAACAUCAGUUCAAAUGCUACUGCAAGCAAAGAUGAGGUUAUUACAGCAAGUUGGGGAAUCACUGUGCCUUCAUCAUCUAAUGAAUCAAAUUCGUCUUCAUCAUCAACUUCGCCUACUAUUACUACACCUGCCUGGCAAUCCAUGACAACCGGUGGAGCGGUUGGAGUGGUGGGUAGUGUUGUUGUUAAGAAGCCACCACCAACACCGACGACGACGAUUACAAACACAAAUACAAAUACAGUGUCUACACCUUGGAUUACUGUUGCUAGCAAAUCAUCUAAUAGAGCAUCAACAGUAGCUUCGACCUCAGUAAAUACGACAUCUAAUGCUACAACUCAUAAUGGGUUGACAAAAUCAAAUAAUACGACCAACACUACGAUUACUUCAAAGGAUUCAACAUCAGCAUGGGAUACAGUUGAAUUUCAAAAAGGAAAUAAUGUUUUACAGAAUAGUUCUAGACCUCAAAGUGGCCAAUCAGUCAAACAGAAAGAUGCCAAUAAAAGUACAACAAAAGGUGCUCCUAAAUCUAAUAGCGCAAGUUCCACAGGAGGAGGAAAUAUUUCUUCGGAAAAUAUUAAUACGCUACGCCCACCUUCAGAUGAAUUUUUGAAAUGGUGUAGACAAGCUUUACGUGGAUUAAAUAAUGAUGCCAAUGCUGAUGAUUGUAUACAAAUGUUGCUCACAUUUCCACUUGACCCACCACCAGCAACCAUUGAAAUUAUACAAGAUAUCAUAUAUGCACAUUCAUCAUCGUUAGAUGGGCGACGAUUUGCUGAUGAAUUUAUUAAAAGGCGAAAAGCAGAUGUUAACUCAGUCGGUUCAGGUGUUAAUCAUUCCGAAGGUAGAUCAAGCAAAGAAACAGGGCCAGGGAUUUUGAAUGUUAAAGAUGAUUAUUCUGGUAAUGGUGGUGUUGGAACAUUUAAAAUUGUCACAACCAAAAAAGGCAAAAAAAAACAUUAG